CCAAACCAACCAACCAAUCCCCGUGAACCAAUGUGCUAGCACGCUGGCAGGGUACGCGCGGCACGCGUACGCGGGCGCGUACCUCUCGCGCCCCGCGGUACCACUCAACGCAAAUGGCGAGCCCAUCAAAUUGCCGGAAAACCUGGAGAGUCUGCCGCGCGCUGAACACUUCGCUGCCCAGAGGCACCGCUGGAACACCAAUGAGGAAAUUGCUGCGAUCCUCAUCAGUUUCGACAAGCAUUCCGAAUGGCAGUCGAAGGAAGUCAAAAUACGGCCAAAAAGCGGCUCAAUGCUGCUAUACAGCCGGAAGAAGGUACGCUACCGACGGGACGGCUACUGCUGGAAGAAACGGAAAGACGGGAAGACCACCAGGGAAGACCAUAUGAAACUGAAGGUCCAGGGGACUGAGUGCAUCUACGGUUGCUACGUGCACUCGGCGAUACUACCCACAUUCCACAGGCGAUGCUACUGGCUCCUACAGAACUUCGCUUCACAGAACCCCGACAUAGUGCUGGUGCACUACCUGAACGUGCCGUACCCUGAUGAUAAUAAGCUGGCGACGGUGGCGCCAUCUCUGGCGCUGUGGGCGGACAAGAAGGAGUGGACGAAGGAUGAACUUGUCAGUCAGCUUAAGCCUAUGUUCUUCAGCGAAGAUGAGCCCGACAUCAAUAGUGAACUGGAAAUCACAGGCAAAAUGUUUCAGACGGCGGAAACGGUGGAGGCAAUUGUUGGGCAGCUGAUGGAAAAGCAGCGAGCUGCGCGGGCGGCAGCUUUAGCCAGACAACUGGAAUGUGGCUGCCCGGACUCCACUUGCCAAGACUCAAGAACAUGCGUUCAUCCUCUACGCAGAAUCCAAUCUACCAAAGCACCAGCGUCAGACCACCACGUAUCUUCCACAACCGGACCUUCCACAAGACCCAUGUCGCACCCACCUCGACAAUACACCAGAGAACACAGAUCCACUCAACCGACACACAGCGCAUCCCCACUCCUUCUGUCACUAGGACAAAUACAAGGAGGCGGAGGAUUAUUAAUCUUAAACGGAGCAGGCAAUAGCAGUCAACAACAUUCCUCACUAGUCUCACCAUUAUCUGUAACCUCAUUCGUCUGUGAAGAACCCAGAGACAGGUACCGACAUCAGUACAAACCAACGUUUGUAUUGAAGAGGGAAGUCCCCGAUAGCCAGCCGUCUUCGUGUAUCCAGAACACUGAAUCUUCAACGUACGAAGUAGAACCAGUUGAAGAGAAAGUGAAUAUAGAAACUUUUGAUAGGAAAAUUAAAGUGGAGCCGCGGAGUAGAAAUCAAAUGAUCGCAAGUGCUCCUGCGACCCCAUCUAGAUAUCCAGAUUUAGUGGAGCGAUUAGAAAGUAAAAUACUUACUGAUAACUGUGAUGAUACGUUAGUACUGCUCGGUACAGAUGGACAUUUAGGUCCUUCGAGCGCAUUUUUUGAUGAAACGCUAGAACUGUCACAUGAAGACAUACAGAAAACCCUAUCAGCCAAUAUGCCUACUUGUGAACUAGAUAGAAGUGCUGUGAGAGUGACUGAGACUGCUAAUGUUAUGGUAUCAGGUAUCGAUACUAUGGAUUUUAUAGAGAGUUGUGAGGCUGUUGCAUCCCCGACUCAUGUCGUGGAUGAUAAUGUGUUCGUAAAUUUGGAUGCUUUUGAUAUGUUAGACUUUCCGGAACUGGAAGUUUUGGACCCUAGUACGAUAUCGACUCACCCUUUGCCGAUACGUGGAAAAUCCCCUCCAACCGAAGAAGCCAACGAGAAAAUGCAGACUGAGAGCAGCGAAGGAGCGCUCAGUAUUACCGACUAUUGCCCCGAAUGGGCGUACCCUGAAGGCGGUGUGAAGGUGCUCGUAGCGGGACCUUGGACUGACACUUCGGAUCAGUACACUGUGUUGUUCGACAAUUUUCCUGUCCCGUCGAUAUUGGUGCAGAAUGGACUACUCAGGUGCUAUUGUCCAGCACAUGAAGCCGGCCUAGCAGCACUCCAAGUAGCUCGCGGUGGCCGAGUGGUCUCCGAUACCGUAGUCUUCGAGUACAAGGCUGGUCCGGCCACGGCACCGUCCCCCGCGUCCGCACCUUUACCAUCGUUGGACUUCAGGCGGUUUUCGCUUUUGCAGCGCUUGCAGCGGCUACAUGGAAGACUGCAGGUCAAGAUUGAACCGAUGGACGAUGGUAAUCAAAUAGAAGACGUGCAGCUAUAUUCCAAUCCCAAGUUCGAAGAGCGACUCGUCUCCUUCUGCCGGAACUUAAGCUCCCGUUCCUCCGGCAACUCGGAAGGAUUCACCACCGAACCUGGCGAGGAAGGGUCCACCAUCCUCCACCUGUCUGCGGCGCUGGGCUUCACUAAACUAACCACGGUGCUGCUGCGGUGGAAGCAGGAUGACUCGAGCUUGGCACUGGAGAAGGAAGUCAAUUUGGGGGCGAGGGACAGUGAAAACUGUACGCCUUUGAUGGUAGCAAGCGCAGCAGGCCACGUGGAGACAGCCAUCGUCCUGGCGCGGUGGAGCGCCGGCACGCUGUGCGAGGCCGGCGCGCGGCAGGCGGCGGCCGCGGCGCGGCGCGCGGGCCACAACAGGCUGGCGGCGCUGCUGGAUCGGAUACACCCACCGACUAGGGAUGGCGUCUUCCUUAGACCCGAUAGUUUAUCGCAAAAGGGUCGCGCUGGCAGCUUGGAGAGUAAUCUAGUGAAGCGGCCCUCCAUCGACAGCGGAAUCAACAUGGCCGACGCGUUCAGAUCCAGCUCAGCUAUCGACAAGCCUGACGGCAAAUCUACUGCCAGAUGGGAACGCAGCAUGUCAUUGCCUCUCGACUCCGAUAACUCUGAAGAUAGUCUCCUAGACUCCAAGAUCGGUCGUCGUAUGGACCUAGCUCUUUGCGAGACCUUGCCGCGGCGCGCGGCGAGCCCCCUCAUAGACGUGGAGGCGCUCUCCGACCCCGAGCCCGAGCCGCCGCCAACCCCAGGGGAGCAGGAUGACCGGGUGUUCACGUUGGCGGAGCAGAUCAUAGCGGCCAUGCCAGAAAGGAUAAAGAACGAAAGCUCAUCAUUGCUCGGCUGCGGGCUCGACGGUGGUAGUGGUGGGGGUGAAGACACACUCAUGGUGCCGUUACUAGAUGACACCACCAACUUCAGCAGCGAUUUCAGCUUUGAGUUCUGCGAUAACACUUACAGGACAUACUGUGGCGGCUCAACGCCAUGUUCGUCCGGCUCCGUGUCUCCAGGCUCAGCGCUUUCCCCACCGCCGCCUUCCCCUCGUGCGCCUGCGCUUCCAACCGCACCUUCGGCAACUCUGCAGGAGUUCCUGAACGCUACUACACAUUUCUCUAGUCUUACGUUAAACGAUCGCGAGCAACGGGAGCUAUACUCGGCAGCCAUAACAAUCCAGAAAGCAUAUCGCCAGUACCGCGGCCGGCAGCUGCAGCGCCGGGCCGCUGCCGCCGCCAUCACGAUACAGAACUGCUAUAGGCGGUACAAACAGUUCGCGUACCUGAAACAAAUGCACUGCGCGGCAACCGUAAUACAGCGUGGUUACCGCUCACACCGCGAGCGCCGUCUCGCUCACCAAACUACGGCUACCAUCAAAAGGACUUACUCACAAAGGAGGCAGAAUCAAGCAGCUAGGAAGAUACAACAGUUCAUGAGGCAAUCUAAAAUCAAAUUGCAGAACGCGCGAGCAGAAAACGGGAGGGUGGUCCUGCGAUCGCCGGAUGCCCACCAAAACUUUCUGCAGCACACCACCAGUAUACGCACGCUCAAUAGGAAAGUGGACUAUUUGGCGCCACAAUCGCCAAUGGAUGCCGAUGACGACCUGCUACUUGAGCUUCUGUUCAAAAUGUGACCUGACCUACGAUACCGACACCUUGUGUUUCACUCUAAUUUCAAACUCAUGUACUUAGAUUUAAAAGACAUUUUACAUUUAGACGGUAUUCGGACGACAUUUAGUUUAGUUAUUAAUCUUCUUUACUGCUUUCGUCAUUGAAAUAAUUUGGAUCAUCAACUGAAUCAAUUUGAAAACAGGUUUCUUCUCAGUGUUGUGAAAGACUUCAGGCCUUGUCUUUUGAGAUUUUAAAAUUAUCUUUUACAUCCUAUUAAUUGUAAAGAAGCUUAAGCUCUUUCAGCACCAUUCUAUCUCGUUUCCUUAAAUAUUUGUUGUUUAAUUGAAGAAGGUACAGACAGUAUUAGUAAUAAUGAAAUCAUUUUCUUCUCACACCAUGUGAAAAGAAAUGAAGAAUACUUGCAUUACUACUAAUAGUUUCUUACUGCCAAGAAACCCAAUUUUCCUAAAAUAAUGACUUGUUCAGAGUUUGGAUUUAAAAGUUUUGUUUCAUUUUAAACUCUUCAGGUCAUAGACAGGGUUAUAUUUAGUAUAAAUUUUAUCGUAUUUGUAUUAUAUUUUCAUAACGUAUUUUUGAGACAUUUGUUUAGGAAUCAUAUUUUUGAAAACUCUAAAUUGAUGUAAUAGGUUACUUAGGUCAUCAGUAUAUUGGCUAAUUUUUCAUAAAAAUUGGAAUCUAUGUACUAUGGUUAUCUUUUUAGUUUUGUGGAUGUUUUGUGCAAAUUGCACAAGUUUAUGAUAUGUUACAUUAUUGAUUAGUUUUUAUUUAAAAACUUCACAAUUUGAAUUAUUGACUCAAUUCUGAUGAAAUUCAUUGUGGAGUCCCAACGUGUAGGCUAAGUACAAAUUCAAAUUAUUAAAAAGCCACUGUUCUUAUAAAGUAGUUGCACCUAGCGAAUAAUACAAUAAACCCGAUGAGCUGUGAGUAUUUUGAGAUUUUAUCGUAUUUAAGAAAAAUAAAAAAUAAUUAUGCAGUUAGUUUGACUAUUGGUCGAGAUUUACCCUAUAGGUUUCAUUCCAGCCUAAAUAGGUUAUAUCUCUUUUAGUCUACGCAGUUACGCCUUAGACAUCAUCGAACACGAUCUAUGCAUUCUUAAAACAUUCCGAUAGAUUAGAUCUAACUCUUACGAAAGCUUAACUUCGUCGAUAAAUUCACUGAGACCUACCAUCGCGUUAUUUUAAAUAUUGUGUUAUUCCUCUUGAAUUGUUAUUACUUAAACAGAAUAUUUUAAAUUCGUUAAGUUUGUCCAUAUCCCCAGUUCCUAAUAAAUAUUCUCUUCAUAGUUCUGAAGAAUCUUGAUCUUUCUACAAUAAGUUCAUUAGAUAGUCCUUGGUUUUAGAUCCUACUUAAAGCUAAACGCCAUAUUUAUCUAGCGUUCAUGAAAAAAUAAGGUUGUGCACCAUUUAAAUAUAGAAUUAACUACCUAAAUAUUCCCUUUUUUGAAUUCUCUGAUAUUUUAAUGUAGUACUAUAGUUUAGAUUAAGGUUUAGGAGUAACCAUAGCUUAGCCAUAAGUCGACGAGCGCCCGUCGAAAUAUUUUCGAUUCGUAUUUUUAUAAAGCAAAAGUUACGAACGACUAUGAUUGCUUUGCUUGUGCAGGGCCAUGGAUAAGACGAAAUCUGGGUUAGGUUACAUUUUUCUUUUUAAUUCUAAAUUAUCUUAUUAAAAUUUGUUCAAAAUCUUCAAAUUUAAAAAGUUUACAUGAUUACUUUAAACUAUCUUUACGACCUUUUUACCGUAACUUUUUACUUCCUCGUCAGAUUUGAAUUAAUUUAAAAAUUAAUUAGGAGGCCCAGUGUUAACAGAAUUUCUAUCUUACUCUUGACAGUAUUGAAAUCUGUAGUCAUCCUUCACAUCUAACGUUUAAUAGACUUUCAGAUUAUAUUUUUCAAACUUGUUCGGAGUAAGUCAGUGAUUUCAUUUAAAUAAUAAAUAAUGAAUGUCGCAGAAUGAGAAUAACCGUCCAGUUGAGGCGGCUUUUGCACCCUCUGGUAGCGUAAUGGCAAAAGUCGCAUUACGGCAAGAAGCGAAAACGACAUUGUUGGCAGUGAUAAUAGGGGCGCGAUUCGCUUGCAAGGUUUGGGGCACCCAAGGGCGCACGAAUACAACGUGUAUAUUUUAUAUUUUUGGAUCGCUAAUUUUAAGAUGUUAUAUUUAUAUAUGUAUAUGUAGUAAUGGCGGAUACAAAACCAGUAUUUCGAAUAGUAUUGCGCCAAAAGUUUUGAUGUAUUAAUUUUCCAUAAAAGUUAUUCUCUCAUUAUGAUUUUCAACGGAUAAAUAGUUCGUUUAGCUAGUGGUCAUGCGUAUAUAUUUUUGGAUAGCGUGCACGAUUGCUUCAGGAGCGCUGAUGAUAUUAAUAGAAAAAAGAGGGAAAAUAAACGAAAAAAAGUAUUUUUAACGAUAACGCAAACCUCUGAAAGCAAUAAUAUUUUUGUGGUGGAAUUAACUCGUGAUGUAGACAGAGACAGUAUUUUAUUAUCCACGCGAUCGUCACAAUACAGUUUAUAUAGAAUGCUUCUUAGUGCCGGCGUAAGCUGUGCUUCAUCAACGGCAUGUUUAUCUGUUUCGUUGUCAUUUAAAGCAAUAUUUAUUGCCUUAUUAUUAAAUCCAAGUUUAAAGUGUUCAUUAGUAAAGACAUAAAGUCUUCAUUCUUUAACUGUUAUUCAUAAUCAAGUAUAUCUCGUGUGUAUCACGUAUGUGUGCAUUCAUGCAAGAAAGAGGAAAGAAAGUUAUUACACAUAUUUAAGAUGGGUAGUUUGCUUACUAUUCUCCGAACGCCAUUUUUACAUGGCGACCCUGACAAGACAGUCAUUUUACAUGCACGUACACAAAUAUACAACAAUAACUUGCUCAUAAAAAGAGUUGAUGAAACACACUUACGACAAGCCUUAGUCAUUGACCACAGCUAAAACAUAGUGCACUAGAAGUAGACAUAGUUAGAUAAAUUAUAACUUAUAUAAUGAAAAAGAAAAAUCUUGGAAUCUAUACAUAGUAUUUAAAUUAAAAGUUUAAACUAAUACUUUUUAUUACUAAAUUAUAAGAAGCUUGUUCACACAUUUUAACUUCGUAUAUAGUAAGUAUUCUAAGACUACGAUUCAUGAUAGAAGUGUUACUAAAGGUUUGAAAUGAGAGACUUAGUGAGACUACAGUUGGUUAUGUAUAACUUUUAUUUACGGUGGGCCGUAGAUUUAGCUGUUAAAUUUAAACACUUGCCAAAGGCGCUUUACUUACCGACAUAAAAAAAAUGAUUAGAAUCAACAAGAUAUAUAGUAUUUUUCUGCAUACUAAAGAAGGACAUGUUAUACUCGGAAAGAACUAAAAUUACUUAAAAAAAACACUUCUUAACUAUUGAAAGAACUGUCGAAAAGAAAGGUUACGAAAGAAUGUUGAAAACAUAAACCUACUUGCAAUCAAAACGUGAUAUUUGUUGUUAAAAAUAUUCGUCAGUAUUUGCUUUAUAUUAAAAUGUAAUCAAAUAUUUGUCUGAUACUAUAUCAGUGUUAUAUUAUUUAAAAUAUGUUUUAACUCCAUUUUAUGCGUAGAGAAAGUUCGCAUAAUUGCUGUUGCUAUUUCAUUUACUAAGAUGUGACGCUCCGCCAAAGAGUGAUUGGAUUUUUUCUUCUUAAUACUUUGUUGUAAUUGUUACUGAGUUGAAUAGAAAUGAAAACUAGUAUUUUCUUACAAUAGUGAGGUAGAUUUUUUAAACACAACAUAAUUAUAAACACACCUAGUUAAAAAAGCAAUACUUAAACCAUAAUUAUGAAUAAAUCAUAAUUAUCAUAAAGGUGUUAAAAUGUUUUUUUUUAAUAACCAUUUUUGUCUAAAAUCCUUUUGUUGGUGAAGCGUCCAUCUUGCUUUCUGUUAAAAACGAGCCUGCCUAAAAUAUAUUGCAUAUCACUUAGAUAAAUUAUAACUUAUUGAGAAAUUAUGACACUGCGUAUUACAAUAUUAGUUAUAAUUUUGUUUAUGAAAUGCUAGGCCACUAGUUUGUUUAAUAUUACUUAGCUUCUGAAAUACGGGUUGUAACGUAACUUUAAAAGCAAUUUUAGGAUAUUAGAACAAAGUUAUGUUAGGAAUUAUUACAUUUUAAGUGAAUAAUUCUUAGGAAAUUUUGUAUUGGUAAACUGAAGCACAGCUUCUGUUAGUGUAUAUUUUUCAGAAUUAAUAUAAGUUCAAUUAUUUAUUAAACAAAUUGGACACAUUAAAGUUGGUUACAACCCUUCUAGUGUAGUGUUAUCGCUUGAAACAUGUUUUAUAUUAUAGCAUGUAAUAUAUUUGAUAGCAAAUUUUAUGAUGUUAUUUUUUAAAGCAAAGUUUGGUUACGCAUUAUGAAGCGUUUUAACUGAGCUUUUAUUUUUAAAGUAGCAAAUGUUGAAAUGAAUUAUACAAACGCAUACAAAAUGUUAGGUAAUGUUGAAUUAAAGAAAAGAUAAAAAGUAAUGAAAUAGGUGCAGAAAUUGCAUCAGUUCAUGAUGGUUUUGAAGUAAUUAAUUUGUGCGUUAGUAUAAUUUGAUUCAAUGAUAGCAAAUGUAAGUAAAAUGUAACUGCCAGUUUCAAGGUUUCUAAAACACCAAGUAUGAAUGAAUCUCUCCGUAGAGAUUGCGAAUUGUCCAAAUUGAAUGAUUAAAUUAAAAUAUUUCUCUUGAUAUGAAAGUGUUUGGAAGGUUUAGGAAUGUCUAAGAACGCUUUUUGGCAGACUUCUAUUUCUAUAAAAUGUUUGGAAAGUUUGUAUUGAACUUAGAGAUUUUCUUUUGAAAAUAUUAAUGAUAGCAGUUUUACUCACACUCGUAAUAUCUUGUUAAUGAAAGAAACAUUAAUUUCAGCUGAGCUAUUUCUUUUAGCUCUUUUAGUAUGCUCGUAUAUCUAGUGUCAAUUAUUUAUAUCAGAUUUGGACUUGCUGAAUUGACUUUUUCCUCGAUAUAAUAUCGUGACUUUGAUAAAGUGUAGCAUUCAAUUCGGCAUCAAUAGCAACGUUAAAGAUAUGCCGAGAAUCUCUAUUACCUAUAUCAGUAAAUAGAAUUAGAUUCUAAUACACUGUUUUUAUUAUGACAAGUAUAACUAGUUUGGGAUUGAUAUUAUGUAUCAUACAUUUGCGUUAUUAUUUAAAGAGCCUUUUGGUGAGCAUGAAGAACGCUGCAGGUAAGUAUUAAAGUUUAUGGCAAUAUUUUCGUGCCAAUUAUUUCUUGCAGUAUAAGAUGGAAGAAUAAUGGGAUGGUUAUGAAAAUCGCAGAUCAUGGGGCUCUUUAAAUGUGAUGCCACCAUUACAUUACGUUUAAGCAAAAUCGGCAAGCAUUUUUUUUUCCUAUAGAUAUCACCAGUUUUAUUCAUGUAGUUGCAAAACAUAUUCUAUAUGUAGUAUAGAUACCUUAAUUCUUGGCAAAAAUAUUAUUAUUUUUGCAAAGUGUUACUUGUGACUACAAAAUUUCGCUGUUAAGACAAUAUCUUUAAAAAUUUGCUAAGAAAGUCAUGCCAUAGUAAUAAAAAUCUCUCUAAUUCUGUCAAUCAUUUGUAGGCAUCCUUAGUUCGAUUGUGAUCAUAAACAAGCAAUGAAAGUUACCAAAUAUGAACUUUAUGUCACUGUAUAUAGGGAUGAGAUUUGUUUGUUUUAGUUACUGCUGUUGUUAGACUGCUAUAUGAGAAUUUAUUAUUAUUGGAAGGUUGAGAGUUUGAGACGUUGAUCUGGGAUGAAGUGUACUUUGAUCAAAAAUAAUCUUCCUUUGUAAUUAUUAUAAUCUAUAAACACUACGAAAUUGUGAUUCAAAGCAAUUUAAAAUAUUACUGCUGAUUAUA